GACAGGAGCAGGACCUUCCCAAUAUGGCGACUUAAACACGAGUGCGUCAUUUCCGGAAGAGCGCCCAAUAUAAGGCGCAGGAUUUCCGCCUUCGCUCCUUUCCGGCGGUGACGACCACUGCGAGAAUAUGCCUCUCGCAAAAGACCUCCUUCAUCCCUCUCCGGAGGAGGAGAAGAGGAAGCACAAGAAGAAGCGCCUGGUGCAGAGCCCCAAUUCCUACUUCAUGGACGUGAAAUGCCCAGGUUGCUAUAAAAUCACCACGGUCUUCAGCCAUGCACAGACGGUAGUUCUGUGUGUUGGCUGCUCCACUGUCCUUUGCCAGCCUACAGGAGGAAAAGCAAGGCUCACAGAAGGAUGUUCCUUCAGGAGGAAGCAGCACUAACAGUACCCUGAAUCAAGAUGAAAGGGAAGCCAUCCCAAUAAACACAUUUUGGAUAUA